AUGAUUGGUGGAUACGACGGCAGUUAUUCUUCUGCAAUAGAUUUUUUUACACCAGCAGAAACACAGCGCGAUAAGGGGACUGUGGAUGGUAUGCGAGCAUGGCGUACGGAUGCGAUGCAUCAACACAUGUAUCGGACAGCUGCGUUUUGGGGCGAUAAAGUCCUCAGCAUCACUGAUGAUUCGAAUGACGUCUUUUGGCUUUCACAAGUAUAUUAUCUAAUGGGGGAAUAUGGGCGAGCCAUCAAUUUACUGCAAAAGAAAGAUUUGUUAGAGUCUUCAGUGGCAUGUCGAUUUUUGGCAAUCCAGUGUAUGAUACGGACAGAGAGGUGGUCAGAGGCAUUGGAGUAUUUAGGGGAGGAAAACCAGUAUGCGCACGAUAGUUUAUCCGAAAGCAGUAUGAACCCCGCUGAUGGGGGGAUCAAGCUCGAGGCAUCAAUGUGCUAUCUUCGAGGGGUUGUGUUCAAGAGCAUGCAUAAUAUUGACAAAGCCAAGGAAUGUUUUAAGGAAGCGCUUCAGAUUGAUGUCAAGUGCUACGAUGCAUUGGAUAGUCUCAUUUCUAAUAACAUGUUGACAAGCAAAGAAGAACGUGAACUGAUCGAAAGCCUUGAUUUUGACAAUCAGUUACAUGGCCCAGACUCGGAAUUCGUCAAGAUGCUCUAUCAAUCCAAGCUGAAAAAGUAUGACCACCUUGACGAACAGGACGAGAUUUACCAGUCCCUCAGCGCGAAGUUCAAAACCGAAAACACAGAUCUGUUGUACUCCAAGGCAGAGAUGUAUUUUACACAAUGCUCGUUCGACAAGUGCCUUGAAUGCACUAAAAAAGUCUUGGAAAUGGACAAGUUCAACUUGGCCUGUAUUCCGAUGCAUCUGGUCUCGCUUUAUGAACUCAACCAUAAAAACGAGCUAUUCUAUUUAGCACACGAACUGGUUGAUCAGCAUCCAAAGCAUUCAGUCUCAUGGUUCGCUGUGGGUGUAUAUUACUACUUGAUCGGAAACAUGGCCGAGGCUCGGCGAUAUUUUGGGAAAGCGUCGACUAUUGAUGGACAUUAUGGACCUGCCUGGAUUGGAUUUGGGCACUCAUUUGCGUUGGAGGGUGAGCAUGAUCAAGCAAUUUCUGCAUAUGCAACAAGCGCUAAACUGUUUCAAGGAUCACAUCUAGGGCCUAUGUACAUUGGGAUGCAACACCUUCAACAGAACAAUGUUCUUUUAGCGCAAAAAUACUUGACAUUUUGCUUGACGAUCUGUGAUUCGGAUCCGUUGUUACUAAGCGAGAUUGGCGUGGUUCAGUACAACUUGGGACAGUAUGACGCUGCUGUUGAAUCAUUCCUUAAAGUGAUUGAGAAGUUGAAGGGGUCUCAACGGAAAAACGUCAUUUGGGAGACAACGUGGCUCAACCUGGCACACUCGUAUCGGAAGCUUGGGAACUACACGGAUGCGGAGACAUAUUUCUUGAAAGUAGACGCGAUUUCGAUGACGGGUCCGGCCAAAGCAUCUGCACAAACAGGACUCGGGUUUAUCUACCAGAUUAUGAAUCGAUCAUCUGAGGCUAUUGAAUGUUAUCACAAGGUGCUGGCGAUCCGACCAGGAGAUCAAAUUGUUUCUGAAAUGCUCAGGAAGGUGUUAGAGGACAAGGUUUACUUGUCACAAAUGGAAUGGAUGAAUGAGACUUUGCCCUUACAGCUUCGAGGGGUCCCAUUGGCAGAAAAGAUCGAGCAAGAGAAUAAAAUUUUGGAUAGGCUAAGGGAGCAAGGUCAAAAUGGUCGUCGGAGAGGAACAUCACCAGCACCACCGACAACGGCAGCACCAGCAUCAACAACACCAGGAACAGCAGCAGGAUUAUCAAGAAUGAUGACAGGAAUAGAGAGAGUAAAACGAAAGGGAUCCCUAAUAGAUUUAUCAGAACCAUCGACAGCAAUAACACGAAGAAGGACGCGGAGAGGAUUUAAAGAGAUACGGAGUGAAGCUGAAGAAGAACUAGAAGAAGAAGAAGAAGAAGAAGAAGAAGAAGAACAACUAGAACAAUUAGAAGAACGUUCUGACGAUGACAUGGAUAUCCAAUAA